UCAUCAGUAUAAAUAAUGUUAUGUCGAGACCAUGCAAACAGUGCGCCAAUAAUAAUAUGAAUUUGUUAUUUUCUGUUGUCCAAGUCUAUGUAUUACGAGCUUAAAUGCAAGUUUCUUCUUCUGAAUAGGAGACUCAUUUUGCUUAAAGUGUGCGUUUUUCUAAAAACAAACGAGGUGUGAUUUGUUUAUAUAAAAAUACUUGGUAUAUAGGAAUGUUUGCUUACGUGCUAUGAUAUGUAUGUAUGAUGCAUAAGUUUUGAAAUGCUUAUGAGGAAAUUAAACUAAUAAAGCAUAAUGUUUACUCCGGCCGCGUGUUUUUAUCAAUUUUAUUUAUAAUAAAUGUAUAUUUUGCAUACGAAACGUAAUAUGCAUUAUGUAACAAUGUCAAGACCAAUCAAUAAAGUGUUUGUGUUAAUUCUUCUGAUGAACCAAGUGGUAAACAUUUUCGGAAAAUUAACCACAUUAAGUGGUCAGAUAUAUGAUAGGAGAAGGAAAGUGUUAUGUAUUUCAGAAAACGACGGAAGCGCUUUAGUGUGGAACGCCGAUUUAAAGUUUACAUAUUACAAAAGCAGAUAUAUUAUCGACCCAAACGCGAAAAAUUUUUCUGAUACAUGUAACUUAUACAAUAAUCAGAUAGAUUGCAAACUGGAUAAUGAAAGUGGCUGUUUGAAUUUUUGGGAGAGAAAUCACUGGAAGAUCAUAAAUUCUAUCGAUAUACCUAUGGGCCCGGUGUUCGAUCGACGAUGGGAAGGGUUCAAAGAAUACAUGUACAGUGCUGAAAAAACUUACAAUCUUAAAUAUUUGAAUACAAACACAGUAGUACUUCCAUUUUCGAUUCGUGCGACAAAAGACGUACACCUAUUGAUUUGUAACAAUGAUUAUGUAAGAAAUUUAUGCUACUGGGUCAUUAUAGGAGGUUGGGAAAACACCAAAUCUGUUAUCCGAAAAUGUUUGAAAGGAGUGUCUAAUAUUGGAGUUUACCCGCCCAGUGGCUCCGAAUGUGCAGUGGAACGCGUCUAUCUAAAUCAUACACCAUUGGCUCAAUACGAAUGGCGAACCUUUGUUCUUACAUGGAACUCUGAGACAAGAAAUAUAUCCCUUUAUGAUUCUGAUCAACUGAUUAUGACAUACAGAGACAUGGAUACAUAUAAUAAUACAAAUUUUACCUAUAAAUUGUAUAUUAGAAGCGCCUUAUCAUUGAUGAUCCGAUUGCAUGAAUACGAUUAUCUUUACACAAGCAUCAAGAAUACAAUUUUAACAAGCAAUAUAUUUUAUAUAAACACUGAAGAUAUAUGUUUACAAAUGUUAAUCGGCCUUUGCGCACAAUGCGAUGCCGAUGUAUCGUUACAUACGCCUGAUGAGAUCUUGAAGACUAUAAUUGUAAAGGGCUCAUCAGUGGCAGCCGUCCAUGGCUUGCCUAUGUGGCAGCCCGUAAAAAUCACAGCAAAAAUAGCAACGUAUAAUCAUAAUUCCUUGAAAAUUGUAGUGACACCAAAACUCAAUCUAAACGUAUCUAAUCCGAUAUGGGCGAUAGCGAAUGUUCGUCAAUGUCCGUCAAACGGAUGCUUAAGACAAAGCGUUGCAAUUAUUCGUAUGGAUUGGGAUAUCAGAAAUAGGGAAUAUUUCUGGCCUAAGGUGGUUUGUCAAAAACUGUUUUAUAAAAAACAAUCCGUCGUGCAGAUUUUUAACGAUGCUGAUUUAAAUGUGGAAUUAGAUGAUAAAAAUUGCCCUGUUGGAUUUACUGGACCAGCAUGUAAGUUCCAUUGUGAUAGUGCAUUAAACAGUACUAACUGCAACAGUGUUGUAAUUUGUAACGACAAUGGCUGCACUUGUACAUCUGGGUAUACAGGGCCUGGAUGUAACAUAUCUUGUGACAACAACCUUUACGGCCACGCCUGUAAAAAUAAGUGUGGCUCGUGUUUGCAAAACCAACAAUGUGAUCCAAUAUCUGGAGUGUGCCAUAACGGAUGCAGAAAUACGGAAACCUAUGUUUACGCACCACCUUUAUGUCAAAUAGUUGUUGGUAAACCGAACGAAACUGAAUUCAUCUUUACGAAUCAAACAACCAUCGUAGCUACUGUUUCAAUAAAGUGGGAAAAAGAAUACGAAGAAACAGAUCUUUUCUAUAAAUUCAACAUUCAAACGCCAGACGGAAAAUCCGUGAAACAGUACGAGUGGCGGAAAAUAUCUCAAAAUAGCACAAAAUUAGAAGAAACUUUUGAAAAUUUGGAACAUGACACAACUUAUAGUAUACAAUGUGUGUUUUUAAUUAAUCAGGUUCCAGUCUAUGGCAAGUGGAAAAAUGUGGAUACUCAUUGUGAUUGGAUUCAUGACUUUCGUAUAACGCCGAAUAUAACAAACAUUACGAUUGACAUGGGAGACACCGAAAAUCAAACAAUGUAUUCAUGUCCAACAAAUUCGUAUCGCCUGCUAUUCCAACAAAUAGAUAAUCAAAAUAGCUAUACACAAAUGACGAAUGUUUCAAUUACAUCUUUUCCAUAUACAUUUUCACGUUUAACAUCACACACAUUUUACAUUGUUAUUGUACUCCAUGGAAAUAAACAACUUUUUUCACAAAUAAUCCGCACACUCGAAGCAGAAUGCAGAAACGGUUUCUAUGGCCUUGAUUGCAGAAGAAAAUGUGGCUCUUGUCUGCACGACAAACAGUGCGAUCGUGCAAGUGGAGUAUGCCCUGUAGGGUGCAAAAGCACAGCAAAUUACACUUAUAUAUCUCCUUUGUGUCAAACAGGUCUUGGUGCUCCAAACGAACUUCAGACCGUAUUUAAGAACCAAACAACUAUUGUAGUCAGUGUUCCAAUGAAGUGGGAGGAGGAAUAUGAAAAAGCUGAUAUUUCAUAUUCAUUCGACAUUAAAACAUUGGACGGAAAUUCUGUGGAUCGACAAGCGUGGAAGGGAAUAUUUUCAAAUACUAUCGAAUUAAUAGGGAGAUUUGAAAAUUUACAACCUGCUACAACUUAUCAAAUAAUGUGCUCUUUAUCUGUUGGGCAGACAGUACUAAAUGACACUUGGUUGAGUGUCGAAACCACUUGCGACACAAUUCAUGAUUUUCGUAUAACGCCGAAUGUAACAACUUUAAUGAUUAAUAUGGGAGACAGCAAAAACCAAACAUUGUAUCCAUGCCCAACAAAUUCGUAUCGUCUGCUUUUCCAAAAAAUUGAUAAUAAAAAUAGUUACACACAAACGACGAAUAUUUCAAUUACAUCUUUUCCAUAUACAUUAUCACGUUUAACACCACAUACAUCGUACAUUAUUAUUAUACUCCAUGGAAAUAAACAACUUUUUGUACGAAUAGUUCGCACACUCAAAGCAGAAUGUAGAAACGGUUUCUAUGGACUUGAUUGCAGAGGAAAGUGUGGCUCAUGUCUGCACGACAAACAGUGUGAUAGUGUAAGUGGAGCAUGCCCUAUAGGGUGCAAAAGUACGGCAAAUUACACUUACAUAUUUCCUUUGUGUCAAACAGGUCUUGAGGCUCCAAACGAAAUUCAGAUUGUAUUUAAAAACCAAACGACUAUCAUAGCCACUGUUUCAAUGAAAUGGAAAGAGGAAUAUGAAAAAGCUGAUAUUAUAUAUUCAUUCGAUAUUAAAACAUUGGACGGGAAUUCUAUGCAUCGACAAAUGUGGAAGAGAAUAUUUUCAAAUACUACCGAAUUGAUAGGAAAAUUUGAAAAUUUGCAAACUGCAACAAUUUAUCAAAUUAGGUGCUUAUUAUCUAUUGGACAUGUAGUAAUAAAGAGUACCUGGAUGAAUGUGAAGACCACUUGCGUCCUGGUUAAAGAUUUCCGUAUAACUCCAAAUGAAACGAGUUUAACCAUUGAUAUGGAAGAUGGAGAAAAAAGUUUGUAUCUCUGCUUGAUAAAUUCGUAUCGUCUGCUAUUCCAACAAGCAGAUAAUCAGAAUGACCAAAUGAUUAAUGCAUCAAUAAUAUCCUUCCCAUAUACAUUGUCACAUUUAACACCAUACACGUAUUACAAUAUUGUUAUACUUCAUGGAAAUAAGAAGCUGUUUACCAGGGAAAUAUGCACACUCGAAGGAGUUCCAUCGGAAGUGAGAAAUCUUGAAGCGAUCUCGACUUCAAGUUCGCGAGUUAAAUUGGUUUGGGCUUCUCCCCAGAAACCAAAUGGAGUAAUAACUAAAUACAUGAUCUUCUUGAAGGUUGAAGAAUAUUUUGGAUGUCGAGAUUAUGGAUUGAGUACAACAGUUAAUCACAUUAUUACGAGAACGAUAAAUAUAACAACAAUUACAAUUUCGGGAUUACAUCCCUAUGCAAAAUAUAAUGUACAAAUUGUAGCACACAAUUCAAGACAUUACAGCAAACCAUCACGGGCGACAUUUCACACUGUAGCAACGGAGGUACCAGCAGUUAAGUUUACUCAAUUGAGGGAACGCGAUUGGAUAUUAUCGUGGAAACCUCCUGAAAACUGUACGACGAUUUUGGGACCACUAAGAGUCGCUAGAGUCGAAAUACGGGGAAUUAGUGACGCUGUUAAAAAUUUCUUUGUGAUCAAGUAUACCUCACACAACUAUUUAGAUAUGCAAGAGACAUUAUACGGUGCUGAACGAUACGUUGCGAAAAUUUUCGCUCUGAGAGACUACGGACACCAAGUAAAUUCCUCCGCUUAUGAAGAGUAUCAGUUCGAAACACCGUCUAAAGCACCGCCUAAAUUAACUAAUCUGGAUGUCGUGGAAGUUGAUAAUAACCAAAUGAUACAUUUAAGAUGGCAAAGUCCACCUUUGCCUACCAACGGAAAAUUAAGCAAUUACUCCGUCCGCUUAUGCAAUAAAGAUAAAUCAUACUGUGUCCAGAUACAUGUUGAGUUAAAUGAGACCUGCGACUUAUGGGACAACUAUAUAUGUAAAACUGUUCAAGGAAGCAAUAAUCAACAAAUUUAUGUUGUAGCUUAUAAUAAGAAAGUCUGUCGACCAAGCCCAUUUGCUUUCGUGACGAAGGAAAUGCUCAGUAAUACAAAACCUGACGCACCACGCAAUUUCACUUACACGAUCCGUGAUCAUGGUAUAGUCGACAUAAAAUGGCUUCAUCCUUGGAGGACAGGUAGUCACCUACGGUGCUUUCGUAUCAAAGUGGAAGAAAUUUCGUCAAAUCUCAGAAAUCGAGUGUUCCCAUCAUCCAAGAUCGCGAUACACGAAUAUUCUGUGAUAAAUUAUAUGCGUGAAUAUAGCAAGCGGUUAUGUUUAUUGCCGUCGACGAAAUACAUUAUUUCCAUUAUCUCUGUGACAACAGAGAAUGUGAAUAGUAAUAUGAGUACAUUAAAUUUUUCGACGCCUUCCACUGUAAAUUUCAAAGGCAAUAUAACGUCCGAAGUGUACGAUUCCGAUUCCACGAUCGUAGUGCAUAUUCCGCAAAUCGUGGACGAUACGCGCAAUAGUAUACUGUACAUUAUAGUUAAAGGACCGCAUCGCGAUUGUAAUAAUUAUGUAUCGCCACAUAAGAGUUUGUGGAAGCAGGCGGGUGUGCAGAUGUACGAUAUCUUUUGGCAAGCUGCUGCAAUUUUGGCACAAAAUAUCUCCAAUGGUAUGGACUUCACGAUUGGCAAUGGCGACAUUUACGAUAAUGCCAUUAACUGCUAUUUAGUAUCUGGAGAGUUGUAUGACAUAACGAUUAUCAUAAGUGAGCCGAAUUUUCAUUAUGAGCCAAUUAUGAUUACGAGGAAAAUAUCGAAACGUAUCGGUGUGAAACAGAACCAUCCCGAAUCUUGGCUCAUACCCCUUGUAAUGAUCAUCUUCACGGCAAUUGUAGCUUUCUGGUUUUUCCGAAGGAAACGGCAAAAAUCGAAUAAGCCUCUGGUGUUACAAGAUGAGAUGGCUCUGUCGCAGAACAAUAAAAGUUAUGUGCACGACAAAAAGGUCAUAACAGAAAGUUUCAAAGAGGACUCCUCAACUCCAUCUGAUAGGCAAUCCUUAUCACGGGCAACCACUCCGGAAAUAACGAACAUCGUAGUCGAGAGUAACGAUGAGGAAGAGGAAAUUACAUCAUUGGUGAAGGUAAAGGAUUUCGAGGAUUACGUCCGGCAAGCGAUAGUCUCGGGAUUGUUGAACAAGCAAUAUGAGACGUUUCCGAGGGGGCAAACGCAGCCGUGGGAUUACGGGAAACAGCCACAAAACAAAACCAAGAAUCGAUACGGGAAUCUCAUAGCGUAUGACGAAACUCGCGUGAUACUGAAAAAACUUCCGGAUGACGCUUAUUCUGACUACAUCAAUGCUAACUAUAUCACCGGUUACAAGAAAAAGAAGCGAUACAUUGCAACGCAAGGGCCUAAACCCAACACGGUUGUGGAUUUCUGGCGCAUGAUCUGGCAGGAGAAAGUCCUCAUUAUCUGCAUGCUCGCAAAUGUAGUCGAAAACGGAAAGACAAAGUGUGAGCAGUACUGGCCGGACAUUGGUAAGAAGAAGAAAUACGGCGAGAUCGUUGUCCUAAACGCGACGCACAACGUUUUCGCCGAUUACUGCUUCCGAACUUUGCACAUCACUUACGAAAAUGAAACCCGAAAGGUGGAACACCUGCAUUACACGGCUUGGCCAGACCAUGGUGUACCGAUGUAUACACAUUCUGUAGUGACGUAUUUGAAGAAAUUAUUGGCAACACCGCCCGGAGACGGACCCGUCGUAGUCCAUUGUAGUGCUGGAGUUGGCAGAACCGGGACUAUCGUUUUAUGUGAUAUUUGUCUUCAUCGGGCAGCUGCCGAAGGGAUGGUCGAUGUCUUCGCUGAGACGGCAUCUAUCAGACGUGAGCGAGCGAACAUGGUGGACAAUAAACAACAAUACCUGUUAGCACACUUGGCGUUGGUAGAAUGUUUGAUUACCAUUCCGACCACUUUGCCGUGUAACGAAACAUUGCCGACGCGGAUCAAAGAAUUGAAGAAGCAACUGUCGGUUCAACAGCAUCAAUUACAGAACACCGCGUGGCAGGACGAAGCUCUACGGCCAAUUACGUCUCUGUCGUCAUUAUCGGAAUGUAAUCGGGCGAAGAACAGGUUUCCUGAAUUGAUCUCAGACAAAGUUAGUAGAAUAUAUUUGAAGAGAUAUCCGAGCUCGGACGAAGACAGCGAUUACCUCUCCGCCGUUUACGUGGAUGGCGUAAAACUUCAGAAUCAAUACCUAGCCGCACAGCUUCCCAUGCCAUCGACAAUCAACGACUUCUGGAGAAUGAUCACCGAAUUUAAAGUAGAGCUCAUUGUUAUGUUACAACCGCCCGAUCCUGAGGAUUCGACCUGCUGUGCGAUCGCUCCAGCGAACGGCGAGUUUAAACCAACUCCGUAUCUAAACAUUAUAGUGAAGGAAAUAGUGGAAUUAGAGAAUUAUACGUUGCAAAAAUUGCUACUCGUUGAUAAUUCGGAGAAACCUUCAAGAGAGCAGUCUGUGACCAUAUUAUGCUGCACAGAAUGGAAACCCGGAAGGAAUCAACCGCCGCCGCCGGUCAUGGCAUUGGUGACAUUCUGGCAAGCCACGGAAAGAAUCGCGAGAGGCGACGGACCUACUGUCACGCUUUGCCACGACGGAGUAACCGGAUGCGGUCUCUACUUAGCGUUGAGUUUUAUGCUGGAGCGAAUGGCUGUCGAGAGGGAAUGCGACAUUUGUUUGUCGGUGCGAGCAGUUAGACGAUCAAGAGCAGAUUUUGUUGGAUCUUUGGAACAUCUGGAAUAUCUGUACGACGCCGCAAUAACGUAUCUGGAGUAUUUCGAAACUUAUGCGAAUUUCUCGUGAGAUUAAAAGAAUGUAGAAUUAAUGUAGAAUGUAGAAUUCUAAUUAUGUAGAAUUAAUGAAAAGGAAAUGCCGAACCCGCAACACAGCCGCAUGUAAUUAUCAUAUACGCGAUAUAAAGUAUUGAUUUAGCGAAUAUAGCAACAUAAGUACCUCACUCUUGUAUAAUAAAAAAUAUAUAAAGUUUCACCUUAUGCAAGGAA